CACUCUUCACUGUUCCACCCGCGGGCUUCUCCGGCCACUCCCGCGGCAAGGAGAAAAUGGCGGAUGCUUCGGCGGCGUCCCCUCCUUCGCCGGCGGCUCCUUCUCCUUUCGCCGCGGACGACCUCGUCGACGCGCGGCUCGCGCCGUGGCCGCCGUUCACUCCGUGGCCGGCGCCCGGCCAGCUCCACCACCACAACGCCCGUGGCGGCGGGCACCCGAACCCGCUCUUCACCAUACUGCCGGCCUCGGCGCUGGCGAUAGGACUCGUGCUGCUCGUCGCCGUGGCCGUCAUACUGGUGAUGACGCGCCGGGCGAAGCCCGGGGCGGUGGACGCCGCCGGAGCCAGCUGCAACGGCGACAAGCCGUGCGCCCCCGCGUCCAGCUGCGGCAGCAGCGUCCGUGGCUACAACAACUCGAGGUACUACGCCGCCGCCGCCGCUGGGUGCAUAUACGGCGGGAGGCUCGGGUUCUCGGUGCAGCCGCGGAACCGCGGCGCGCAGGUGUUCACGUACCGCGAGCUGGAGAGCGCGACGGACGGGUUCAGCGAGUGCAACGUGGUGGGCCGCGGCGCGUACGGCGUGGUCUUCCGCGGCCGGCUCGGCGACGGCACCACGGCCGCCAUCAAGCGGCUGCAGCUUGACGGCCGGCGCGAGGGCGAGCGCGAGUUCCGCAUCGAGGUCGACCUGCUGAGCCGGAUGCACUCGCCGUACCUGGUGGGGCUGCUGGGCUACUGCGCCGACCAGAGCCACCGGCUGCUGGUGUUCGAGUUCAUGCCCAACGGCAGCCUCAAGAGCCACCUCCACCGCCGCGCGGCGGCGCCGGCGGAGCAGCCGCCGCCGCUGGACUGGCAGACGCGGCUGGGCAUCGCGCUGGACUGCGCCCGCGCGCUGGAGUUCCUCCACGAGCACAGCUCCCCCGCCGUGAUCCACCGCGACUUCAAGUGCGGCAACAUCCUCCUCGACCACAACUACCGCGCCCGUGUCUCCGACUUCGGCAUGGCCAAGCUCGGCUCCAACAAGGCCAACGGCCAGGUCACCACCCGCGUCCUCGGCACCACCGGCUACCUCGCCCCUGAGUACGCGUCGACGGGGAAGCUGACGACCAAGUCGGACGUGUACAGCUACGGCGUCGUGCUCCUGGAGCUGCUCACCGGCCGGGUGCCCGUCGACACGAAGCGGCCGCCGGGACAGCACGUACUCGUCUCUUGGGCGCUCCCGCGGCUGACGAACCGCGAGAAGCUCGUGCAGAUGGUGGACCCUGCCCUCAUAGGCCAGUUUUCCUUGAAAGACCUGAUCCAGGUGGCCGCGAUCACCGCGAUGUGCAUACAGACGAAGGCGGACUACCGGCCGCUGAUGACGGACGUGGUGCAGUCGCUGAUCCCCAUCGUGAAGACCCCGCUCAUGUCCUGCACCUCCACGCCGCUGCGGCCCGCGCACCACCACGCCGUCUACAUGAUGAGCCCGGGCAGGGGAUCCUCCAACGGCGGCGCCGCGCUGGAAACGCGGUGCAUCAUGCACGGCCCCCUGGAUUAAACCGGCUGCAUUUAUAUAUAUGAUCAUAUGCUGUAGCGGCUAUCUCCUGUACACGUCUCUCGUCGAUCGCUAGCCUGGAGUACUACUUGAGCCAGGCUUGCAGGUGGGGAAGAAGAGAUAGAUGACCAGCUUAAUUGCUUGCUCUCGUGUCAAGCUGCUCGAUCGGUCGGAUGGAGAUCGCUGCAGGCGCUACUCCCCCUGCUGUAUAGAACGGUGCCACCAUGUCACCCUCUCCAUCAAGCUCACCUUGCAAGUUAUCCUUGCAAAUUGCAGACAAUUGUACGAAACUCACGUACUAGUACGUACGGGUUAUAUAUUUAGGGACAGCUGUACGACGAUUCCUUGUUCUUUUGUACGAAAAAUCAUAUAUGUUAUAGUAGUAUUCAUAUUCAUGUAUAAUAAGAUAAGAUGGAAAAAAAGACAAUAAAUGAGUCCUUUCUCAGGAGCUGUCUAAUUAAAGAGUUGCUGGGUUUGUCCCGCCAUCACCAAACUGUAAUGAUGACACGAGAUCCGGUGUGAUGGUUAUUUCAUCA